CAGCGGCAGGAGGCUGUGCUGAAGGGAGGAGUGUGGAAAAAAAAUCAGAGGAAAGGAGGACGGGAGGGAAGGAAGGAGAGAAAGGGAGUGCCUGGGCAGCACUGCAACAGCUGCAACUGCAGCAGCCUGUCAGGAGGAAAGAGGGAGAGAAGGAGACGGAGGGGAAGGAAGAGGAGGCUGCAGGACUGCCUGAGAGGAGGCAAUUUUGAGGCAUGCUUGGAAAUAGUGUGAAAGGCAGAGAAGGAGAUUUGAAGAUGGAAAGGACGGAUAGCACAAAGGCAUACGGCCAAGCAGAUGGCAAAGGAGUUGGUAUGGCAGCUAAGAGGGCCAAGUCUGGAGUGCCCCAGAGCACACAGAGGAGUGAACUGAAGGUGUACCGGGCGGGCAGCUCUGAGGGCAGGAUACCAGUGCCCUCCAAUCUCCGCAAGCAGAGGUCUAUGACAAACCUGGCUGUGCUCACUGAUGCUGAGAAGAAGUUGCACCUUUAUGAGCCCAAGUGGUGUGAUGACAUGGCCAAGCCCGGAGCGGGCCAGACCAAGACGGGCAAGCCAAAGACAGCAGGGGGUGGCAGCAGUGCCGGAGGGGGUGCCCCGCUCUCAAGAAACCUAUCCAAAUCUGAACACUCGCUGUUCCAGGGCAAACCCAAGCCCUUCAGCCCUCUGGCUGCUCCAUCUGCUCUGGGCAAACAGAGCCGUAUACCUCGUGCUCCGUUUGCUGAGGUGAAGCCCCUGAGCAAGGCACCUGAGGACGGGAAGUCAGAUGACGAGAUCCUCUCCAGCAAAGCAAAGGCUGCUAAGAAGCAGGGAGCCGGAGCCGGAGGGGAGUCCGGCUCCAAAGGCCAGGCGGAGGAAGGGGGAGACAAACCCUUCCUGAAGGUGGACCCAGAGCUGGUGGUGACAGUGCUGGGCGACCUGGAGCAGCUGCUCUUCAGUCAGAUGUUAGACCCCGAGUCUCAGAGGAAGCGGACCGUGCAGAAUGUCCUUGACCUUCGCCAGAAUUUGGAGGAUACAAUGUCGAGUCUGCGCGGCUCCCAGCUUAGCCAUAGCUGUGUGGACAGCAGUAACGUGGGCUACGACAGCGACGAGACCAACGCUCGCAGCAUAUCCAGCCUGUCCAACCGCUCAUCGCCUCUCUCCUGGCGCCACGGCCAGUCCAGCCCUCGCCUCCAAGCGGGCGAUGCCCCGUCCUCCACCGGUGGAGGGUACCAGGGUAGCAAGAGCGCCUCCCAGUACACGGCCCACACGAUGCCAGCUCGCUGCUCCAGCCGCCUCAGCAGCACGUCUCGCAUCGAGCUCAUCGAAGGGUUGGAUGACGCCGACCUCAAGUCUGGUUACCUGAGCGACAGUGACCUUCAAGGAAAGAGCCUGCCGGAUGAUGAUGACGACAACCUCGCUAAUGGUUGGGAUGAGAGCAGCUCCAUCAGCAGCGGGCUCAGCGACGGUGACGGCGAUGGCUCGGAGAACCUCAGUUCAGAAGAGUUCAAUGUCAGCUCCUCCCUUAACUCCCUCCCGAGCACACCCCUGGGAUCCAGACGCAACUCUUCUGUUAUGCUCCGCACCGAUGCGGAGAAGCGCUCCCUGGUGGAAAGUGGACUCUCAUGGUACAGCGAGGACAGCAAGGCCGGACACAAGCUCGACAGCAGCAGCUACGACACGGGAAGUCUCAAGACGGAGGCCCCAAGCAAGUGGAGGAAGAAGCCGCCAAGCCUCAGUGAAGAUUCAGCGUGUAAAGGAGAACUAAGGAAGCCCCAGAGCUUGGGUCAACCAGGAAGUUUCAAGAAGGGUCGUAAUCCUCCUGUGGGCGUGACCUCCCCCAUCACCCAUACAUCACAGAGCACGCUGAAAGUUGCAGCAGCUAAAAUUGAGAGGCCGCUGGAUAAAUCCAAGAUUUCCCUCAAAACUGCUGGUCUACAGAGGUCUCGUUCAGAUGCUGGCAGGGAUCAUCAUGGAGAGCACCGCAAGCCCCCGUCAGGUUUGAUUAAACCCACUGCUGGAGCCUCCUUUGGCUACAAGAAACCACCAACAGCCACCGGUACUGCCACUGUUAUGACAGCAGGGGGCGCCACCAUCUCGAGUGGCUCUGCCACUGUGGGGAAAACCCCCAAGUCAUCAGGCAUCCCUGUGAAGCCUGUGGGAGGAGGAGUGCCCUCGGGUCGAAAGAACAGUUUUGAUGCCAGCAGCGAGCAGAGCUUCCUGGGGCCAAACGCCCGAAACAGCAUUCAGUACCGCAGCCUGCCUCGACCAGCCAAAUCAAGCACGCUCAGUGUGAUCGGUCGCCCUGCAACUCGACCUGUCAGCGGCACCAUUGACCCCAGUCUGCUGAGUCUGAAACCUGUGCCCAUGGCCUCCACAGGCCCCAGGAUUAAAGAGCCAGGUAGCUGCGGCAGCAAGAUGUCUAAUAGAACGUGCACAGGCCCGGUGAACAUGACAGACCGAGAGAAGGAGAAGGAGAGAGCCAAGGCCAAGGCUGUGGGUGCUGACAUGGACUGUGGCUCUCUGAAAGGAGAGGAGACUCAGUCUGCAGGGGAGUCCACUGUGAAACUGCAUGGCCUGAGACGGACCAGCAGCAGCAAAUACCCUGAACUGUCAUCACCCACCACACCAAGGAUGCUGAACACAAAGUCUCUGGGUCGUCCACCCAGCUUGGCUCACCUGGACAAGGUCAGCUCCAACAGCCUCGACUCCUGUGUGACCAUCCACGACCUCCCGCCCAAAGUCCCCCCAUAUUCCAAGCUGCAGGACCUGGCCGGUUCCCACACCUCCUCCCGCCUCACCCCCAGCCCAGCGCCUGUGCUCCACAUCGAUUCCCCCAGCUCGUACACCAGUGAAAGCCUAAGUCUGAGCGGGUCCCCGCUGCUCUACCCCAAACUGUCAGGCAUGCACCGCAGCAUGGAGUCGCUGCCCCUCCAGAUGAGCGUGCCUUCCAGUGCCAGGUUUGUCAGAACUGAGGGGCAUGACAAGGAAGAAAGGGCUGCUGGAACCUGGGGAGCCGGAAGCAGGACAUCCCUCAACCUCACAGACAACCUGCAGACAGACAGAAACACCUUGCCGAAGAAAGGCUUAGAACGCUAUGGCUCAAGCCUGUCAGAGAGUGACGGCAAACCGGGAAGGCGCCACUCCCACAACAUAGUCAGCAUGUCCGAGAGCGAUAGUCCCCCUCAGCUGCCUUCUCCCACCCGCCCUCUCCACCCCUCCUCCGGCAAGGCUCCUCUCACCAACGUGGUUGCCCCAAUUUCCAGUGGCACCCCGAAGAUAUCUCGCUCCAACAGCAUAGGCCCCCCCAGUGAGUCAGCCUGCGAUCUCUAUGGAUCCUCCCCCCUGGGCAGCAGUAUGUCCCUGGCUGACCGGCCAAAAAGCAUGAUGCGGUGCGGGUCUUUCCGUGAACCAGGGGGUGAUGAUGUGCAUGGGUCUGUGCUCUCUUUGGCGUCCAACGCUUCAUCCAACUAUUCCUCGAAUGAGGAGAGGAUACAAGGGGAGCAAAUCCGCAAGUUGAGGCGAGAGCUGGAGUCUUCCCAGGAAAAGGUUGCCGACUUGACCAUGCAGCUUAGUGCUAAUGCGAAUCUGGUAGCAGCAUUCGAGCAGAGUUUGGCGCUGAUGACGGCGCGCCUGCAGACCCUGUCGGUGUCCUCAGAGCAGAAGGACUCUGAGCUCACCGAGCUAAAGGACACCAUCGAGGCUCUGAGGGCCAAAAACACAGAAGCCCAAGAAAUCAUUCACGGGGCUCUCAGUAACCCGGACAUCACACCUAAAGAAAUGCUGAUCAAUCGCCAGAACUCCUCAGAGAGCAUCGCCAGCCUUGCCAGCACCACCAGCCACUCCAGCAUGGGCAGUCUGAAAGAGCAGGAGGCCAAGAAGAAGAAGAAGAAGAGCUGGUUACGCAGCUCCUUCAACAAGGCCUUUAGUAAGAAGGGUUCCAAGCCGUCAGGGCCAUACGCUGACAUCGAGGAGAUCUCCACCCCAGAAUCCUCUGCACCUUCCUCCCCCAAAGUCCACCAUGUUGGAGGCAACCCUCCAUUGUCAAUGAAAUCAUCAGCCUCUGCAUCAUCAUCAGGGCUCUGCGAAGGAGGCGAGGUGGCGGAUGAUAAGGUUGUAACAGAGCUGCGUUCAGAGCUGUGGGAGAAGGAGCGCAAACUGACAGACAUCCGCCUGGAGGCUCUGAACUCUGCCCAUCAGCUGGAGCAGCUGCAGGAGGCCAUGAUCAACAUGCAGAUGACAGUGGAGAACCUGAAAACUGAGAACGACCAGCUCAAGACAAGUGGUCUGUCCCCCUGUCCAUCUCCUGGACCCUCUAACUCCGUCUCCCAGUCCUCAGGUCUCACCGCCCUGGGGAGUUCAUCACCUCGACAGUCUGUAGCCAUGCACAUGCCCAAGAGCUACAGCAGAGGGCUGAGUGACGGGGGCAGCUCAGACGUCCACUCUGCAGAUUCCUUCAGUCUGUCCUCACAGAGAGACGAUCAUCGUGUCAGGGUGGUGAUUUGUGUCGCAGACUUACAUGUCUUCAAAGAUGAGGUUAAACAACAAGAUUUCUUCGUCGGCACCGUCAGGGUGAACGGCAGGAUGGACUGGCCCAUGCUGGACUCAGCUGUCAGCCAGGCUUUCAAGGUGUACGUAGCCAAGGUGGACCCCACUUCCAGCCUGGGCCUGUCUACAGACUCCAUCUACAGUUACAGCAUGGGCCAUAUUAAGAGAGUGCUGGGAGGAGAAGCUCCAGAGACGCAGCCCUCUCGCUGCAUGUCCCGAGGCCCCACUGGCAUCACAGUGUCCCUGAAAGGUUUGAAGGAGAAGUGUGUGGACAGCCUGGUAUUUGAAACCCUCAUUCCCAAACCCAUGAUGCAGCACUACAUCAGUCUGCUACUCAAACACCGCCGUCUCAUCCUGUCUGGACCGAGCGGGACGGGUAAGAGCUACCUCGCUUCCCGGCUGGCUGAGUAUCUGGUGGACCGCAGCGCCCGUGAAGUCACCGACGGCAUCGUGGUCACUUUCAACAUGCACCGCCAGUCAUGCAAGGAUCUGCAGCUGUAUCUUUCCAACCUGGCCAAUCAAAUCGAUCGGGAAACCAGCACGUCAGAAAUACCGCUGGUCAUGAUUCUGGAUGAUAUUCAUGACCCUGUGUCCAUCAGCGAACUCGUGAAUGGUGCUCUCACCUGCAAAUAUCACAAAUGUCCUUACAUUAUUGGAACAAGCAAUCAGCCGGUGAAGAUGAUAGCAAACCAUGGCCUCCAUCUCAGCUUCAGGAUGGUGACCUUCUCCAACAAUGUGGAGCCAGCCAACGGUUUCCUGGUGCGCUACUUGCACAGGAAGCUAAUGGAGUCGGAGGAUGAGAGAAGCUUGACCAACGAGGACCUGAUCAGGGUGUUAGACUGGUUGCCCAAACUGUGGUAUCAUCUGCACGCCUUCCUGGAGAAGCACAGCACGUCGGACUUCCUCAUUGGCCCGUGCUUCUUCCUGUCCUGUCCAGUCACGGUGGAUGAGUUUCGAUCAUGGUUCAUUGACCUGUGGAACCACUCUAUUAUUCCUUACCUGCAGGAGGGGGCCAAGGAUGGCAUCAAGGUCCACGGCCAGAAGGCAGUCUGGGAGGACCCGGUGGAGUGGGUGAGGGGCACUCUGCCUUGGCCGUCUGCCCAGCAGGACCAGGCAAAACUGUUUCACUUGCCUCCCCCGAGCAUCGGCUCCAGCAGCCCCGGUCAGCCCUGCGAGGAGCGGCCUCACAAGGAGACCCCGCCCAGCUCCAUGGAAUCUGAUCCACUGAUGGCAAUGCUUUUGAAACUUCAAGAGGCUGCCAAUUACAUUGAGUCCCCAGACAAAGAAGACCCUAGCCUGCCUAAACUUUGAACACGAAGCUUACACUUAACACUUAGCACUUAAGAUUUAUGUUUUUUGUGUCCACUGUAAUGACGCAGUGCACGUUCAGGAACAAAUGAACCCUCAGAAAUGGUUGAUUUCAACUGUCAUUCCCACAGUAGGCUAAAUGUAUACCUGGGUUAUCAACGCAGAUCAUUUUAUUACAUACAGUAUUUUCAAAGACUGUUGACAAGUAUUGAAUGAAAAGCUAUAUUCUAUUCCGUUACUGUAGAUUUGACUGGACGACAUUCACUUCAGUUCAGAUCCCUUUACCACCACGUUAGCCCUCAGUUCUCAGUAACAUUGGUGCUAAUAGAUCACUACGACGCUCAUCGUCUCAGCACUUAGACUUCAGGUGAUUCCUGCAACAGCUCACGCAGUCCUUCCCGUGUUGUGCUCCAGUGCAUCAUGGGAAACGGAGUGCUUGACCACAGGAGCUAAUCUCAAUUACGGUGACUCAUUGUGGAAAAGAGUAUGACAGCAUGACAGAUGCUACUAUUUACUGCAAAGUUCUUUGGUACAUAUCUACUGUAUAAGUCUUUGAAGGCAAAAUCUUAUACAUAUGCAAUCCUGAACUUUACAACCUGAGCAGGUGAAACAUAAAAUGCCUUAACAACAAAGACGUCAAUGUCAUCUCAACUUCAGCAGAGUUUACUGGUGCUUUCAUCGAAAUCAUCCCAGUGAAGACAGUCCAACUAUCUACGCUAUUUAUUUCAACUGAUCUUUUUUUUUUUUUUUUAAACAAUAUCCAAUUCUAAAAUAUUACAGGAUCAUCUGUCAGCAUACGUUUUCACAUAUUUUUACAUCUUUAACUUCUAAGUUGAGACAUUAAACUUGCUGUCAUACUCUUUUGCAUAAAACAAACCCUAUUUAUUAGUGAUGUGACGUCGUCACUUUGUCGCUGCACAGUAUUUUCCAAGCACUUAAUUUAGUUUUAUGAACUGCUUUAUGUAAAACAAGCGUCACCAAUGUUGCCAUAUAUAUCAGGUAUUAGAUACUUAUAUUACACAGGGAUAAUAUAACAUAACAAACACCCUCUAAUUAAACAGAUUGAGUAAAUUCUAUUUGAAUCCAAUUCAGAUUUCUUUUUUCUCUAUGACGUUUAUUAAGGAAAGUACAUUUGUUUCAGAUCUUUCCCCCCAUACCCAGAGUAGUUACUGUGUAUAUUCUGUACAUACAAUCAGGCUACAUCGCAUAUUAUUUUAUCUAUAUUAGUUGGUGCAAAUAUCUAAUAUACUGAACCAAAUACUGUACUUUAAUCAUGCAUAUUGACUGUCAUGUUAGUGGUUUAAGUUCAGCUAUGAAUGUAUAGAAAAUACUUCUUUGAAAAAAAACAACCAUUAAACAGUAUCAGUCAUCUUGUAGGUGCUUUUAAAGGAAGCCUUAUCACGAAGCUCCACUGCAAAACACUUUUAACAAUGUCUGAGAAGCGUGACUUUAAAGCAACCUAAGCCCAUUUUCAUUCGCGGCAGUUCCAGUAUUCCACUAACAGAAUUAAAAUGAUCUUCAUUCUCAUGCUUAUUAUGCUCAUUUAGGUACGUAUGGUGCUCUUUAACAAUGUCCCGAGCUGUUUUAGUGUUGAGUAAAGAUCACAUAGACUUUCAGGGUAGGUUAGCGAAGAGUUUUGUGUCAUAACUGUCAAAAAAACUAAAGUGAAAUAGAUCUGGAAGAUAAUUUACUGAUAUUUUUUAGGACGUGUUGUUGAAGAAGUGUUGAAGACAUUAGACAGUGAAGUCAUGUGAGACAUUGUACGGUGUGCGCCUACGUUGAUGUCGUAUGGUAUUCAUAUUUGAGAACACUUUGGGUACACGACACGCUAACAAAGUGAUUAUGGAGAGUAGUUGUUCCAAGGCAAGAGGAAAAAUAUUUAAACUCUUUUUAAGGUACUUCGUGUAGAUUUUUUUUGUAAAGAAGCCCUAAUGGAGUAAAUGGCAGACAAAGUGGUUGUGCAAGUGUCGUCGAAAUAAUUCACCUGUUCAUCCCAUGCUGUGUCAUUGUUUAGGUGCUCAGACUGAACUUCACAUGUACAUAAGUCCUGUAAAUGAAUGUCAGACCACUUUUAUGACAAACCCUAAAUUCUGAGCUGCUUAUUGCGUCGUUAUUGCACUGUUUACAUUAGGCUGUUAACAAAACUUUGAGCUGUUCCUAAGCUCUGAUUGGUCGCCUGUAAAGUCAAAAAAUGAAUCAAUUAAGAGCAAAAAGAUGCCAAAUAAAGACUAAUAGCUAUUUGUAAAUAUUCCAGGUAUUUGACAGUAUUACCAACCGACCCUGGUCUGUCUCUGCAGGUUAACUAAAGCCAUCAGCUCGAGCUUCUCAUCUCAUUCACUGGUCGUUGUGCCUGUUGCUCUGUAGUAGCUGUGAUUUGUGUUUGCUUACUAGUGUAUCAGGACUAUGCAGCAACUUCUACUGGUGUUGGCAAUCAGCGAAUGUCUGAUCCUCACGAGCAAACGCGGUGUGUGUUCAUCUGGUCUGUCUUUGAGUUCUUAAUUUGGACCAAAAUGCACCACGGGGACACAAAGUGGGAGCUUGUUUUUAGCAGAUAGUACUGAGCCUUAAAGAGAGGAGGUGUUGCGUUGAGAACAGGGUUCAUAGAUGUUUAAGAAAUUAAGCAGUUUGGAAGCCGUUUCAUGUGUUUUGUCCUGAAUGAAUGGCAGAAAAAGUAUCCGAACUGGGCUUGUGAAUGGUCAAAAGACGAUAAACAAAAAAAAAAAAAAAAAUUAAAAAUGGAGUUAUGAGCCUGAAAUAGUUGGCAAGAAUUGGCACUUCUCUGUUUGCAUGGUUAAUUUGAUGUAGAAUGGAAGCAAAUAAAGAGAUGGAUCUGAUCUCUUCGGCCAAUACAGGUUGCUGAAUAGUCAUAUUUUUGCAAAGCUUGUUGUGGACUAAACUAAGAUUAAAAAAAAAACUGUUAUGCGGUAUCUAAUGUCACAGACGUGCAAAUGUUAAGGGUUUCUAAGUGUUGUAAAUGCAUGUAAACUUGCUGUGUGAUGAGAAAAGAAAAACGUUAACAUUAAUGUAUUGUUUAGGAAAAUCAUUCUAGAUGAUGUUUUCCUUUUUAAUACUCAAAUAUUUGAUAUUUCUUUUCCUUUUCUAAAGAAUCCUUUGUAAAACUUAAUUUCUCUAUUUUGUACAGGACAUCAUUGUAAAGAUUGUAAAUAGGUCAGCAUUCUGGAUGCGGCAACAAUCAUUGAGGAGGGCAAACAAAACAAAAAUCAUCUUUGAGAGAAAAGAAAGGUAUAUUUCUUCAGAGUGGAGUCUGAUACGAUUGAGGCAUGUUUCUGAAGGUUUUCAUCCACCUAUCACUGGUUGUUGGAAUCAAUAAAAAU